GACAAUAAGGCUGAAUGAUAAUCACUAGUGGGUCCAGCAGCACAAUAAGGCUGAAUGAUAAUCACUAGUGGGUCCAGCGGCACAAUAAGGCUGAAUGAUCAUCACUAGUGGGUCCAGCGGGACAAUAAGGCUGAAUGAUCAUCACUAGUGGGUCCAGCGGGACAAUAAGGCUGAAUGAUCAUCACUAGUGGGUCCAGCGGGACAAUAAGGCUGAAUGAUAAUCACUAGUGGGUCCAGCAGCACAAUAAGGCUGCUGAAUAAGGCUGCGGAGUCCAGCAGGCCUGUCUACACUGGACAUUGUGGUUGACAACGUACUGAUGUGUAAAUAUUCUCAUAUUUAUUGUCUGCAGUUGUAUUGAUGGCAUUUAUAUGCUUGUUAUGUGUUUUAUGUACAUAGAUCCGCAUACAGAAUUUCCCAGUGGGCAUGAUAAAGUCAUGAUCUUAUCUUGUGUAGAGGAAAGUCUUGGCUGUAAGAGGUAAGAGAAAACGUAUUUGUUCAUUUUUCUAAUGAUUUGUUAUGGUUUUCUUUUCUCCAGAAUAAACACUGUAGUGAAUAACGGCGUUACCAACUCCAGUCAGCCGAUGGCGAUGUGAGAAUUUCAGUUGAUGCUCCUUGUGUGACGUCUAAUCUAGUGGACGGGACGCUUCUUCAACAACAACUCGGCUACUGAUGCAGCCAGUUCCUUAUCUUGCUAGUCAACAUAAAACCGACAAAAAUUCAAGCUCUUUUGUCCGUAUUUGUAUAUAUUAAUCUGUGUUUUUAACGCAAUUUUGUUUGCAUAUCUCCUAGUUAAAUUGUGAAAUAGCUUGUUAGAUUUACUAAUUCGUUAAGAUUGACGCUGAGCCUAGUACUAGGCUAGUCGCUAAUUCUAACUAGCUAGCUAACAUCCCCGACCUAGGACUGAAGUUUAGUCCGCUAUCCUCGCUCGACCAUGAGCUCACUAAGCUACUCCCUCCCUGCUAAAGAAGAGGAGGUCUGCUGGACGGAGAAAGAAGAUCUGAACAUUGUCGUGAAAGAAGACGAGGAAGUGAAAGGCGAGAAAGAACCUUUUGGAGUGAAACACGAAGAGGGGGUAGAGGCUGUCACAGUGGAAGAGGAGGAGGUAGAAGCUUUCAAAAUGAAAAAGGAGGAAGAGGAGGAUGUUAUAGUGAAAAAAGAGGAAGAACCUUUUAGAGAGGAAGAGGACGAUAUCGCAAUGAAGGUAAAAGAAGAAGAUGUUUUGGGAGUGAAAGAGGAGGAAGGAGAGGAAGAGGAGGAUGUUACAGUAAAAUACGAGAAAGAGCCUUUAGGAGUGAAACACGAAGAAGAGAUAGAGGCUGUCACAGUGGAAGAGGAGGAAGAAGCUUUCAGAAUGAUAAAGGAGGAAAUCACAUUGAAAGAAGAAGAUGAGGAUUUUACAGUGAAAGGACCUUUUGGAGUGAAAGAGGAAGAGGAGGCUGUUAUAGUGAAAGAAGAGAAAGGACCUUUUAGAGAGGAAGAGGAGACUGGAGAUCUGAUUAACACUACAGGAGAGAGACCAGACUCUCACCCUGACCGUGGGAAGAGCCCAGACCCAGAGACGACCAAACCAGCAAGACCAUACCGUAUGGUUUGUGGAAAGCGUUUUGGACACUCAGGGCAUCUGAAAGUGCAUGAAAGAACACACACUGGAGAGAAGCUUUAUCAAUGCUCCCAGUGUAAAAAUACAUGUUUCUCACCAGGGGACCUGAAAUCACAUGAGAGAACACACUCUUUAGAGAGGCCUUUCCAAUGCUCUCAGUGUGGAAAGAGAUUUAUCCAGUCAUCACAUUUGAAAGAACAUGAGAGAAUACACACAGGUGAACAACCAUUCCAAUGUUCCCAGUGUGGAAAGAGUUUUACAAAUGUAGGGAACCUGAAAACGCAUGAGAUGACACACACAGGCGAGAAGCCUUUCCACUGCUCCCAGUGUGGAAAAAGGUUUACCCAAUUAGGGAACUUGAAAACACAUGAGAUGACACACACAGGCGAGAAGCCUUAUCACUGCUCCCAUUGUGGAAAGUGUUUUAGACACUCAGGGCAUCUAAAAGUGCAUGAAAGAACACACACUGGAGAAAAGCCAUAUCAAUGCUCCCAGUGUGGAAAGGGUUUUGGACACUCAUGGCAUCUUAAAGUGCAUGAAAGAACACACACUGGAGAGAAGCCGUAUCAAUGCUCUCACUGUGGAAAGAGAUUUAUCCAGUCAUUGCACCUGAAAGAGCAUAAGAGAAAACACACAGGAGAGAAGCCUUUCCAAUGCUCUCAGUGUGGAAAGAGUUUUAUCCAGUCAUCGCAUCUGAAAGAGCAUAAGCGAAUACACACUGGAGAGAAGCCAUUCCAAUGCUCUCAGUGUGGAAAGACUUUUAGCCAGAUAGGGCAGCUGAAAUAUCAUGAAAGAAAACAUACAGGGGAGAAGCCUUAUCACUGUUCCCAGUGUGGAAAGGGUUUCAGAUACUCGGGGCAUCUAAAAGUGCAUGAAAGAACACACACUGGAGAGAAGCCAUAUCAAUGCUCCCAGUGUGGAAAGGAUUUUAGACACUCAGGGCAUCUUAAAGAUCAUGAGAAAAUACACACAGGAGAACAACCAUUCCGAUGCUCUCUGUGUGGAAAGAGUUUUACCCAUUUAGGGAACCUGAAAAUGCAUGAGAUGACACACACAGGAGAGAAGCCUUUUCACUGCUCCCAGUGUGUAAAAAGUUUUACCCAGUUAGGGAACUUGAAAACACAUGAGAUGACACACACAGGAGAGAAGCCUUUCCACUGCUCCAAGUGUGAAAAAGGUUUUAGAACCUCGGGGAACCUGAAAACGCAUGAAAUGUCACACACGGGAGAGAAGCCUUUCCAAUGCUCCCAAUGUGGAUGAGUUUUACCCAGUUAGCGAGCCUGAAAAGGCAUGAAGGAACACACACAGGAUAGAAUCCUUUCCAAUGUUCUCAGUGUGGAAAGACAUUUUCCUGGUCAGAAAAACCUGAAAAUCACAUGCGAGAAGAGAGACACUGUUGUGGGUGGCAGAAUUUGGGGUGAGCUGUUGUAACUUCUCCAGGUUGAUGCUCUGUUCUGUGAUGAACUGCAUUUCAUAGACUACUACGCCUAUUACCUGUCUGCACCCUAACACAUUGUUGUCUGUAAGUGUUGCAUUAAAAAGUACUAUUAUCACCUUCCUCUAUAUGAGGGGACAUGCAACUAUCUGCGUUAUCUUUUUUUAGUUCUUCCCUGACUGUGAUCAGCGAGACAGAUCUCGCUUGCUUGUAUUUAAGAUAUAUUAUUAUCACACCUUAAAUAGUCUCUGAUCUUUGAAACUCCAGAAUCAGUUCAUAAAACACAGGCUUGAUUUAGAAAUGCAUGAAAAAGACACCUGACUUGCUUUGGGUUUCUUUGGUUUAUGGCCACAUGAAAUCAAAUUGUAUGAACGCUUACUCAAAAAACAGGCCUACUUUGUUAGCCGGACCUUUACGUCUCAGUGCAAAAAAAAAAAAAAACGGAACAUAUUUUAAAUGUAUUUUACUUUGAUUCCUUUAGUCAUUGUGUUGUAUUUAGUUAAUUUGUGUAGAAGUUAUCAAGCUAAACGUGUAUGAAAAUGUGAUGACAUUGUUAUGAUAACAGUUGUUGACUGGGAAACCCAGAACCGAGCUGCCAGUGACGAGAGCCUACCAGACGUGCUAAAUGCCUAUUUAUGCUCGCUUCGAGGCAAGCAACAAUGAAGAAUGCACGUCAGCACCAGCUAUUCUGGAUGACUGAGUGAUAACGCUCUCGGUACCCGAUGUGAGCAAGACCUGUAAACAGGUCAACAUUCACAAAGCCACGGGGCCAGACGGAUUACCAGGACGUGUACUCAAAGCAUAUGCGGACCAACUAGCUAGUGUCUUCACUGACAUUUUCAACCUGUCCCUGACCGAGUCUGUAAUACCUACAUGUUUCAAGCAGACCACCAUAGUCCCUGUGCCCAAGGAAGCGAAGGUAACCUUCCGAAAUGAUUACCACCCGUAGCACUCACGUCAGUAGCCAUGUUUUUCUUCUUUGUAUUAUCUCUUACCAGAUCUUUUGUGUUAUAUUCUCCUACAUUCCACAUUUCCACAAACUUCAAAGUGUUUCCUUUCAAAUGGUACCAAGAAUAUGCAUAUCCUUGCUUCAGGGCCUGAGUUACAGGCAGUUAGAUUUGGAUAUGACAUUUUCGGCAAUUUUUAAAAAAAAGGGGCAGAUCCUUAAGAGGUUAAUUAUUACCUUUGAUCUGAUACAUGUAUAAACCCUCAGAUAUUAAGAGGUUAAUUAUUACCUUUGAUCUGAUACAUGUAUAAACCCUCAGAUAUUACUCGUUAUAUGAUUUGUAAAGUAUUCAAUAGAUUCAUAUAAUUUGCAUUUCUUGAUUCUAACAUUGAAUGUAGUCGUUUUCUUUCAUUCAGUAAAUUUGUCGACGUGUUAGCGAGUACCGCACCACUUGCUUAGCGAGUACCGCACCACUUCCUCCAGAUUUUGCUCACACCAAGGAUCAAAUUACUAGCCUGUUCAACCUCUAUUUUGUAUCGUCUGAGAUCCCCAAAGAUUGGAAAGCUGCCGCGGUCAUCCCCCUC